AUGACAGAUACACGAGAUAGAAGACGUUUAUCAGACAGUGGAAGUUUUCAAGAAGAUGGAAAAGUUCCGGCAACAAACCAACAAACCGAGGCGCUUCCAGAUGGUGAUGCUGCGUUGUCCCCAAUAAAAGCCAAAAACCGGCGAACACUGUUCGUGCGCUCCCUCCCUUUAUCGGCCACAACAGAGAGCUUAACCGAUUACUUCUCGCAAUCAUAUCCUUUAAAACAUGCUACCGUCGUUCUUGACCCUCAAACAAAGCAAUCGAAAGGCUACGGAUUCGUCACUUUCGCAGACUGUGAAGAUGUUGCUCGGGCUCUAGAAGAAUUUAACGGCUCCGCUUUUGACGGCAAGAAACUAAAGAUCGAGGUUGCGGAACCCCGUCAUCGAAAGGUUGAUGAAAAGGGAGGGAAAAGCGUUUCUACCUCUAAGCCAAAACGGGAGAGGGAGAAUAAACGAGCACUGGUCCAACCUCCAAAACUCAUCAUUCGAAAUCUGCCAUGGAGCAUAGCUGAACCGGAGCAAUUGGAGGCCCUUUUUCGAAGUUUUGGGAAAGUUAAACAUGCAGUAAUUCCAAAGAAAGGCAAUAAACAUUCUGGAUUUGGAUUCGUGGUUUUGAGGGGUAGAAAAAACGCGGAGAAGGCACUAGAGGCCGUUAAUGGGAAGGAGGUUGACGGGCGAACUCUGGCAGUUGAUUGGGCUGCGGAGAAGAAUAUAUGGGAUGAGUUGCAGAAUCAUACGGAUGGUGUUAAGGACGAUGGAACUGAGAAAGAGGAUAAUAAUAGUGGAGAAGAUGACGAGGAGACUAAGAACAAGGACGACGAUGUCGCCAUGGGUGAAGUUGAUGAUGAGGACGAAGAGGAGGACGAUGACGACGAUGAAGAUGACGAUGAAGAAGUGCAUGCAGAAGUUGAGGAUGACCGGAACGCUUCAACAAUUUUUAUCCGCAACUUACCCUUUACUGCUACAGAUGAAAGUCUCUACGAGCAUUUUGUUCAAUUUGGACCUUUAAGGUAUGCCAGGGUCGUAUUCGAUCCAGAGACAGACAGACCUAGGGGAACUGCUUUUGUGUGCUUUUGGGACAAAGAAAAUGCGAACUCUUGUCUUCGCGAUGCGCCGAAACGGACAGAUUUACCCCGAGCGGAAGAUGCUAAGGCAAAAACAUCUGCUAUAAAGUACUCCGUUCUCGAAGAUGAGAAGAAGGAUCCAUCAGGGAAAUACACAAUGGACGGUCGCGUACUACAGUUAUCUCCCGCAGUGAGCAAAUCUCAAGCAGUUAAACUAGAAGCUGAAGGAAGCUCUCGCAGGGAGACUCGAGACAAAGACAAACGACGAUUAUUCCUUUUGUCUGAAGGAACCAUCCCAUCGAAUUGUGCUCUCUACAAACAGCUCACCUCUUCGGAAAUUGCAAUGAGAGAAGCUUCCGCUAAGCAACGACAGAAGCUCAUCAAGAGCAAUCCGGUGUUGCACCUGAGUCUUACACGUCUAUCAGUCCGUAACUUACCUCGAAACAUCGACUCCAAGGCUCUCAAGGCGCUCGCGAGAGAGGCUGUUGUCGGUUUUGCGAAAGACGUAAAGAGUGGUCUGCGUGAACCAUUGUCGAGAGAGGAACUGCACCGGAGUAACGAGGAUAUGAAAGAAGCAGAAAAACUGCGAAAGUCAAAAGGUAAAGGAAUCAUCAGACAAGCCAAGGUCGUUUUCGAGGGGAAAGAGGGCAGUAAGAUUAACGAAAAGAGUGGAGCGGGUCGGAGUCGUGGAUAUGGAUUUAUUGAAUACUACUCUCACCGCUCGGCAUUGAUGGGACUUCGAUGGCUGAAUGGCCAUGCUGUUGCAGGCCCAGACGGGAAAAAGAAACGACUCAUUGUCGAGUUUGCCAUUGAGAACGCACAGGUUGUCAAGAGGAGACAUGAGAAGGAGGAGAAGUCACGGAAUCAUGAUGAGGAAGGACAGAAGCAGCAAAAACGGGCCUCGAGGAACGAAGUUUCAUACCAGCGAGAUUCCUCGAGAUUCAAUUCUAAUACUCUGAAAGGCAUAAAGCGAAAGAGGGUUGAGAGUGACGGACAAGGAAACGAAAACAUGACAAGGGCAUCCAAGCCUAAUGAUUCCAAACCCGAGAAGGAUAAUCAAAUAGCCAAAAGAAACAGGAUCAUUGCAAAAAAUAGAAUGUUGAGGAGGAAUAGGAAGAAUUGA